AAAAAAAAACUAAAUGAGGUUGAUAUUUCUUGUUAAAAAUCAUAUAGCAGAAAUGAAUACCUUAUUUCCUGUAACUCAUUUAUUAUUAUUAUUAUAAUAAAUGAAAAGGUUUUUAUUAAAAAUCAUAAACAAAAUAAAUAUGAAAUAUUUCUUAGAAGAACUCUAUUAAUAUUUCAGUAAAUUUACUCUAUAGCUAUUUGUCAUGUACAUAAAGAUUUAUCUCGACAUAUGUAAGAAUUCUAUUGAUAAAGCAUAAAAAAUGAGUUUUUUCUUUGAUAACAGCUGAAAUAAUCAUCAUCUAAAAGUAUAUUUUUCUUUUACGCAUAUGCUCAUUCGUAUUUUGAUUCAAGCAUGAUAAGUAGAUUUUAUAUAACUGAUAGAAUAGAUUGGUACGAGAAAUCAUCAAUAACAUAUAAUCGAUUACUCGUGUUGUUAGGAAUAUUACAGCAGUAUAUCAAAUUAGAAUGCAUUAGCUACAAGCAAGAAGAAAAAUAUAUAUGUUCGUAUAUGCUUAUAUAAUUACUUUCUAAUUUUAGCAUAUCAUUUGUAUAGAUAUUCUCAUCAUACUUAGCAAAAUGCAGUAUUAUAAGUCAAAUUUGAUGUAGAUAAAAUAGAUAGAAAUGACUUUCUAUUUUUUUUUUACAAAAGAAUAACAUAAUAAGAUUUAUGUUUAGCUAAAAUAAUCCUAUUCUCUUAAAAACAAAAUUAAAAACUUACACUUUUUUGUUAAUUAUAUUCCUAGAGAGAGAAAAGAAAAAAAUGUGCGCGGAUUAUUAUUGAUAGUAUCUUUAUAAUAGAUAGGUAGAUAUGAUUGUACAUAUCUAAUUCGAUCGUUGAUAUUUUAAUUAGAUAGAAUAUUUAAUGAUAAUCAUCUACAAUCAAUUAUUAUAUAUGACUAUAAUCAGACUUGACAUAAUAAAUUUAAAUUUUAGUUCAUUUACGGAAGAAAAAACACACACAUAUACAAUUGUAAAUACUUACGAAAAAAAUAUUUGCAUUGAAAAUAUAUAUGCGGAAUAUACAAUCAAGCUUAUGUCAGAAAUAUACUACUAAACUAAUCAGAUUAUGUUAAUAUGAAUAUCUAUUCUUUGUUUUACUCUAUUUUUUUGCUUAAUCAUAUUAACCGUUCAAACAAACAACUAACUCUAUUAACAUUCAUCUAAAUUCAGUUUUUUUAUUUACUACGUUUUUUUCUCUAUGACUAUUUUUCUAUGUUAAAAAACAAUCGAUUUAUUCAUUUUAGCGUUCUGCCUCAAGUCAUCGUCCUUCACGUUCGCCAUCAAUAAAACAAGCAGCUGUUUCAGCUGGCAUUGCUUUAUCAGCUCCAGCUAUACUUAGUAAACAUGAAUAUAUGGAAUCAUUAUUAAAUCAAGAAAAUAUGAGAAAAAAAACCGAACAACGUGCAUCAAGUGCAAAUCGUACAUAUAAUCGUGACAAAAUUUUUACAAAAUAUUCAUCAUUAGAUAAAACAGCAAUUCUUAAAGACAAAGUUCGACAAUUAAACCUCGAAGAAUAUCUUGAUUUAUUACCAAGAAAAAAAUCUCAUACAAUAACAACAACACAACAAUUAUCGACAAAAAUAACAUUGAAUUUACCUGAAUUUUUAUGCUUUCAGUCAGAUCAUAUUGUUCUUAUACCACAGAUAGCUUCAUAUCCAUCUUAUGAUCGUUUACGAGGUCCAUCUGCUUUUUCCACAACUAAAUUUAAUCGACAAUCAGCAAAUAAUAACAAUAUAAACUCUCAAACAACAGCAACAACAGCCAAUCUAAGUGGAGGAGGUUCACCACGUUCCAGUUAUACAUCAGCAAAACGUUUGUCUCGUUCUCGUCAAAUACAGGAGACAAAUAAUAAUAAUAAUAAUAAUAAUCAUGAUCAUCAACAACAACAAACGCAUAUUUCAAGACCAACAUCAUUGCGACAAACGAUGAAUAUACUUGAUUCAAAAGGAUGUUUUCAUGAACAAAUAACAGUGACUGCUUAA